UGCACACAUCUUACACUCAUCUUGUCAUUUCCCAUUCAACCAUUUCCCACCAACACCCGACACAAGGAUUCCUUCAUUGCAACGACAACUGUCCAUUGGAAACCUCUGUCAUCCACACCAUGACUGCCUCUACAAAGCUCUAUCUCACUCUCGCCCUCGCCCUGGCUGUCCUUGCUACAACCCCUGGUUCACAGGCCGCCGUAGCUGACGCAGCCCCUGCGCCCGUAGCGCAGACAGAGGUCUUUGACUACACUGUGUACCAGUCCCCUCCCAUCUGGCAAGAGGUGAGCGCCUAUGAGGACCAGGAGAUCCCUAUCAAUUACCGCCCCGGCGGUGCCCGUGGAGGAGACAUUGGACGUCGUCGUCGUCGUCGUCGCAGCGCCAGCAUGGCCAAGCGCGCCGUCAUCUAUGACAAGGACGCACAUCUGUCCCUGGACCAGGAUUUUGGGGACCUGGGCCUUGUGAAUGCGCAGGUGGAGACGACGAUUCAGAGCUCCAUCGACUUGAAGAAGCGUCUUGUUAAGAGAGCUGAGGAUUAUGAGGGAACACAGGAUGGGGAUGAUGAACAGAACGAGGAGGGGGAUGAGCAUGACGAGGAAGUGGAAGAGGAGAACGGUGCGAGCUUUGAUGGUGAGACCAACUCUGAGGAGUCCCAGGAAGAGACUAACGACGGAAACGAGAUUGGUGGACAGGGAAAUGAGGACGAGAAUGAGGAGGAUGAGGAUGAGGAGGAUGAGGACGAGGACAACUUCGAGUCGAUCGAUGAGAACGAGGAACGUCGUCUUGAUAACGAGGCGGGUCUGCAGGAUUGGAUCGAGGAGAUGAAGUCGGAGGAGUACUUUGACCUGGCAGGGCACCCAGACGGCAACGGAUUCGAUGGCGCGCAGGAGCAGCACGAGCAGUCGUUCGACUAUGAGCAGGAGGUGAGCUCCUCCUACACCGAGAGCGAGGGCGAGGACGAGCCCUCGCCUUCGGAGGAGGAGGUCUUUGCGGCCUCGUGGCACCACUAGACAACUAGACGUCGGACAUACACACACACACACCCCUUGCGCCACCAAAAACGAAAGAAGAGACACGAUAUUCCGACCAUCCCCAUCCCCUUUUUAUAUACCAAGCUAUAUCUUGCCUCCAUGGACGACCUCCUCCUCCUCCUCCCUGAACGAUAUAUAUUUAUGAACAAGACAAGGAACAAAAUAAAAGACCAAGGCAUGCGAGUACCUUUUUUUGCAUU